UUAGGGUUUGUGGCUAUGGCUGAACUUCAGCGCAAGAGCUCCGCGCGUCGGGAAAGCAGCGUUUCCUGAUCCAUCAGUCGAGGGAGCUAUCAGCACGCAGCGAUCGGAAUUUUGGUGAAUCGGGUCACGAUGCGAAAGAGGGACUUGGGAAUUCUGAUUAUCUCCGCGUUCGCCAUUUUUUUCUCCCUCCAGAACGAAGGGAACUUCUCGUUCAAAGAAUCGUGGUUCCAUGUCGUCGACGAAGCGUAUCCCAUCAAGCACGAAGCCGAGCGCUUGCCGCCCCCUCUUGUCACUGAUCUAAACGCCGACGGUCGCAACGAAGUUAUCGUCGCAACUCACGACUCCAAGUUACUGGUACUGGAUCCUCACUCGAAACUCACUGAAGAUGGAUUCAGCGAGGCACGAACCAUUACUGAAGUUUCUCUUCUUCCCGAGAAAGUUAGAAUAUCGGCUGGGAGGAGACCUGUGGCCAUGGCCGCCGGAGUCAUUCAGCGAUCUUAUAACGAAGGAAAGCCCAGGAAGCAAGUUCUGGUGGUAGUCACGGCGGGCUGGGUGAUUAUGUGCUUCGAUCACAACUUGAAAAAGCUCUGGGAAUCGAGUGUACAGGAUGACUUUCCUCACGGAGCUUUUCACAAGGAAGUGAGCAUUUCUAUCAGUAAUUUCACCUUGCGGCAUGGAGACACGGGCCUUAUAAUCGUGGGAGGCAGCAUGGAGGCUCAGUCUCAGGUGUAUUUGGAUCCAUUCGAGGAGGAGCUCCUAGCAGAAAAGGAAGAAGAGCGUCACCGGCAUGCUGCAGAUGCCAAAGAAGGUUCCGAGGAUGUUAAUGCGGGAAAGACUCACCAUUUUUCAUACUAUGCUUUUGCUGGUAUGACUGGGGAGCGUAGAUGGGAGCACAAGAGUGCGGAUUUUCAUCGAGACCUCUCUUCCGCAGCUGAACUCACACCCCAGCACAAUUACAGGCUAGAUGCUGCUUCCCUUCAAGGCCGUCAGCUCGACGAGGUUCAUUGCAGGGACUAUCGCCAGUCCAUACUUCAAGUUUUGCCACAUCGCUGGCAAAGCAGAGAUGAUACUCGGUUCCAGCUAGUGCACUUUGUAAAGCACGAAAGGAAGCACCACAAGAAACAACCGGGUUCUAAUAGAGAAAGGUAUCCUCUCAAGCGUCCUAAUGAUCCGCAUGUUCCUGGUAAAGACCCUUCGAACAAAGUCGCUCAAGCGCUUGGAAAGGCUGCGAAGCUCGCCACUUCAGCUCGGCCAAAAACGAGAUACGCAUACAUCCCAGUGAUUACCAAUCAAUCCUCGUACUGGUGGCUGCCAAACGUUGUUGUGGCGCAUUUGAAGGAAGGCAUUGAAGCGGUGCAUCUUGCGAGCGGUCGAACUGUUUGCAAGCUAUGGCUUCACGAAGGAGGAUUGCACGCUGAUAUAAACGGCGAUGGAGUUUUGGACCACGUCCAGGCAGUAGGAGGCAGCGGGACUCACGUAGCUGCAGGCACCAUGGAGGCGAUCAAGCCUUGCUGGGCCGUGGCCUCGUCUGGAACCUUAGUACGCCAGCAGCUUUUCAAUGGCUCCAUAUGUAGAAACUCGGGCUAUGGAGCCUUCCAACAAGGCGAGUUCAUGUCGAGAACGUUUGGACGGAACUUGGACGCCUCCCCCAUCGAAGUUGUUCCUCCGGUCUUCUUUCUCAGGCCCACUGGCUAUGGCGACGUGAUCUUCCUCACCAGCCGUGGAGAGGUAACCUCUUACACUCCAGCCGGUAAUCAACGCUGGCAGAUCGUCACGGGAGCUAUAUGGUCGAGCAAGCCAAUGCUGUCGAGCUUCGGCGUGGAUCGAGCUGUUCCAACGCUCGAGGUGAUGGCGCUGCGAAAGAAUGGCCGCGGCGAAGUUAUCCUCGCGGCUGGCGAGCAGGAGGCAGUGCUUAUAUCCUCGUCCGGCCACCAGAUCGCAACUCUGGCGCUUCCUUCGCCACCAGCGCGUCCGAUCGUGGUGGCGGACUUCUCCGGCGAUGGAUUCAACGACGUGAUUGUGGUGACGGCGUCCGGGAUCUAUGGCUUCGUCCAGACGCAGCACCAAGGCGCGGUGUUCUUCAGCUUCCUGGUGGGCUGCUUGAUCAUUGCGAUGUGUGUGAUCUUUGUAAUGCAGCACCUGCAAGCUCCCAAGGGAAAGCCCAAGAAGAAGAGCACGGACUUGUAAAGAAGUUUUGAGAAACUGUGAGUCUGGAAGAUUGAGCAAAUAUCUAUGUACGAGGCUUGCAUC